UAUGCAACAUGGGAGCAAGUGAAGAUCUUUGCAAGUUACUGUCCUAUACUAGCAACAGACGAAGUUUGUUUAUUUUGUAUAUCCGCGAAAUAUGUAUUAUGGUGUUUUGGUUAUGUUGUAUAGAAAUAUGUUUGCAUGUAUUCGAACAUAGGUAUUGUGAUUUAGUUGAAUUCGUGUGAUGUCGUAAAGUGGAUCUGUGUUGUUUGGCUAUUAUCAGUAACUGAAUAUUCAAUUCUGAUUUGUUUUCUCGACGUUUUGCUUAUUGGCGACCGUAAACUGUUAUAUUUCCAUCUCGAAUUCGACCUUCAGUUGAAUAGAGUAAAGUAUCACCACAUAAACGGUACCGCUGCCAAGGGAUUUUCCGAAAUUUAAGUCUUAUUUAUUGCUUAAUACAGUUUUAAUAUUUGCAUUUUAAAUAGGAUAUGCCAAGUAGGUAAAGUGCUGCAAAACCAUGACAACCGAGUAUGAAGAACUGGCAGAUUCCCUGAAAAAGUAUGAAGAGCAGUUGGCACAAAUACAACUUGCAGUGGCAACUACUGGGCCAUUAUCAGAUCAAGACAGUUUGCUCGUACUACAAGAACAGAUGACUCAUCUUAUCGCAUUGACUAAAGAAAACAUGACUCAACUCAGAAAUAAAAGUAGUGAUAUAGUUCAAAAUUUGUCAAAUGAUAACAGUGAAAAUGAGGAUUGGAACAGUUCCAGUCAGAACUCGUGUGAAGCAACAGUUAAUGAAAUUAAGGAAGAUUUCCGGUCUCUUGAGGGCCUGAAAUGUCAGGCACCUUAUAAUCAUGCAUGGGGCAGCUGUAGUUACCAUAAUGCGAUUAUAUCUGGAGUUGAAAGUAUGGAGGACACUAAUUCAAUAGAUGCAAUUCAGGUCCGUGUGUUUUUUACAAAUCCAGUUUCCAAAGAGAUGGCACCUUGUGAGCAGUACUUUGCAGGCACCUGCAGAUUUAAUGACGAUUGCCGGUAUUCUCACGGCCACAUGGUAUCACUAUCAGAUUUGAAAGAAUACAGUGAACCUGACUUUUCUGCUGUCCAACCUGGAGUCAAGGCUUUAGUAAAAAGUGACAACAGUCUAUGGGCCCAUGCUACAGUAAUAGCACUCAACAUUGAUGGAAGAUGUGAUGUUAAGUUUGAAACUAAUGGAAUUGAAACAACUGUUGAUUUGCAACAUAUACUUCCAUUAGUGGAGCCUGAGGAAAGACUGACAGCAACAGAUAGCAGUGAUACAGACAUGCCAGAGCCUUUGUGGGAUACAAAUAUGGUUGAAAGAGCCCUAAGUAAUCCUUCAGCAUCUGUUCUUGGAGAGUGGGAGAAACACACAAAGGGUAUUGGCUCCCGCCUUAUGGCACAAAUGGGAUAUGUGACUGGUUCAGGAUUAGGAAAAUUUGGAGAAGGAAGAAUUGAACCAGUGGAAGCAGUUAUUUUACCACCAGGAAAGUCAUUAGAUCAUUGCAUGAAUCUAAGAGAGAAAGCUGGUGACAAUGGAAAUAUAUUCAGUAUGGAGAGGCGGCUUAAAAAAAUUAGAAAAAGACAAGAAAAACAGAGGAUAAAACAGUAUGAAGAAGAUAAAGGAAAAAAAGAUUUAUUUUCAUUUUUGAAUACCCAUUUAUCAGGGAAUACUGCAAAGUCUAAACCAGGAGUAUCAACUGUUAAAACUGCAGCUGUUCCUGGAACGUCAAGCCUUAAAACACAGUCUUCUCGUGGUCUAAAUGUUGCAAGUCUACAAAUUGGAGAAGGAAUUCGCCGAGCUGAAAGAGAUCUUGCUCACCUUAAUGAGUCUCUUUCACGUCACAGUAAAGGAUCUGUGACAUACAAAACACUGCUUGCAAAACAGGAAGAAAAGAAGAAGGAACUAAUGAUGCUAAAAACAUCAGAAUCUGCUGUUAAUAAUGAGCGAAGUCAGAGAAAUGAUUACAAAAAAAUGACAACAUUCUGAUCUUCAAAAAGAACAAAGAUUAGAUAGCACAGCUGAAUUGUUGGUGUUUAGAAUUGUGGGUUGCAUUGGGCUCUCAACACAGAUGUGAGUUAAAUCGCUAGUUUCCACAGGUAUGUGUCAGCACACACUCCACUGCAAAGUAAAAGUUUUAUUGUGAAAUACGAGGGCAGUUCAAUAAGUAAUGCAACACAUUUUUUUUCUGAAACAGGGGUUGUUUUAUUCAGCAUUGAAAUACACCAGGUUAUUCCCCAAUCUUUUAGCUACACAACACUAUUUUUCAACGUAAUCUCCAUUCAAUGCUACGGCCUUACGCCACCUUGAAAUGAGGGCCUGUAUGCCUGCACGGUACCAUUCCACUGGUCGAUGUCGGAGCCAACAUCGUACUGCAUCAAUAACUUCUUCAUCAUCCGCGUAGUGCCUCCCACGGAUUGCGUCCUUCAUUGGGCCAAACAUAUGGAAAUCCGAUGGUGCGAGAUCGGGGCUGUAGGGUGCAUGAGGAAGAACAGUCCACUGAAGUUUUGUGAGCUCCUCUCGGGUGCGAAGACUUGUGUGAGGUCUUGCGUUGUCUUGAAGAAGGAGAAGUUCGUUCAGAUUUUUGUGCCUAUGAACACGCUGAAGUCGUUUCUUCAUGAUGAUGACACACGCUUUGCCCAACGACUAACCGUGCUUUUGUCCACUGCCAGAUCACCGUAGACAUUCUGCAAGCGCCUAUGAAUAUCUGAGAUGCCCUGGUUUUCCGCCAAAAGAAACUCGAUCACUGCCCGUUGUUUGCAACGCACAUCCGUUACAGACGCCAUUUUAACAGCUCUGUACAGCGCUGCCACCUGUCUGAAGUCAAUGAAACUAUAUGAGACGAAGCGGGAAUGUUUGAAAAUAUUCCACAAGAAAUUUCCGGUUUUUUCAACCAAAAUUGGCCGAGAAAAAAAAUGUGUUGCAUUACUUAUUGAACUGCCCUCAUAAAACUCUUUCUUGUUAAAGCAUCUAAAGUAUUGGAGAAAUGUGAAAAGAGAAGAGGUAAAGUAAAAGAUUAGUUUUCUAAAGCAUAAAAGAUAUUAUUGUAAACAGGAGCAUAGAAAGGAAAGCUGUGAUCUUUAUGACUCGACAAGCCAAAUGUAGUCCUGGCUGUUGAAGGAACUGGAUGUGGACAUGUAACACUGCCAGCGGGUGCCCAUUUGUUGUCUUUUAGCUAUGUGGUAGUCAUUUCAGAGAUCAUUAAUUAAGUAAUGUGUCAAAGUGUUCCACUUGCUUUAACCCCAAUGUCUUCCUCAGACGUAGACAUAAUGGUGCUACACUCAAGCUGGGACCACAGUUUGCCUUGUUGGGUAAUAAAAAAAUAUGUUUUUGUGUAUAGAUUCAAGACAGUUGUAAGGAAAUGAUAUGUUCUUUUAGUGUACCCAAUAAAAUUAUAAGAAUAAUGUUUCUGUCAUUAAACAAGUAAUUUUUUUCCUUGUGCCUAAAAUUAAACCACAUUUCCUACAGCAGUUGUAAUCUGUAAGAGUAGCAGAUAAUCUCGAUAAAUUUCAUGUUUAUUGUUACGCUCUUCUGCCCUUCUUGAAGUAAUGUGACUAACAGAUUUGUUGCCACUACAUUACACAAUAUAGUACAGAAAACCAUUUAAUACUAUCCAUAUUGUGUUGGUGUUUGCACCAAUAAAGAAGGCACAUGUGAAUGUUCUCAAAAAUGUCUUCACCUCUGAUGAUGUAAAAGGUAUUUAUAAGGAUGACUGGAGUAAGUGGUUAUGGAUGGAUCUCACAUAUCUUGUGCACCACGAGAAUUAGAAUCAGUUGACUGCUACAGCAGUUUGUGUCCCAAGUUCAUAUGGUGUACGUGAUUUCACCAGCAGUUUAGAGACUUAAGCUUGUUUGUAUUGUAAUGAACUUCCCCCCCCCCCCCCCCCCCUC